AUCCGACCAGUAACUCAGUAACACGUGACCGUUUCCUCUCUCUCCCUUGCUAGAAUCCUUCGUACCCAUCUCUGUCUCUCUCUCUCUCUCUUCGUAGUUCAUAGUAAUCUCUUCAUUUGUAUAAUUGGUUUUACCUGGGACAGUGAUAAUAGUGAGUGGUGGCAUCAAAAUCAAAGGGUGUCUUUCAUAAACGAAGAAAAUGGGAAGAAUCUUCACGGUGGAGCUUGAGGGUAGGUCUUACAGUUGCAAGUCCUGCAAAACCCACCUAGCCCUUGCAGAUGAUCUCAUCUCUCGUUCAUUUUAUUGCCAGCGGGGAAAAGCAUAUCUCUUCAAUAAUGUUGUGAACUUCACAAUUGGAGAGCUAGAGGAAAGGUUGAUGCUUUCGGGACUGCAUACUGUGGCAGAUAUUUUUUGUUGUUGCUGUGGUCAAAUAGUUGGCUGGAAAUAUGAGUCUGCACAUGAGAGAAACCAAAAGUAUAAAGAGGGGAAGUUUGUUCUUGAAAGAGGGAGGAUUGUUGAUGAAAUGGAUUUCUCCACUGAAUUCCGUAUUGAGAGUUGUGUCAGCAUGAGUGAUGCUGAAAAUGCUUAAACUUUUUAAAAUCUUCUGUACUUAUCAGAUCAGGUGAAAGAAUCGACUUUUUUCCUUUUUCUUUUUAUGUGAAAAUAAAGUAGAACCAUGAAAUGUUUAGAAUCUAAAUUUGUUUUACUAUUUAUUUAUAGUAAUAACAGGUAAUUAAAAGAAGAAGAAUUCUCAAUGGUGUUUAA